UAUAAAACCUCGGCGUUCAUGGGAUCAGCGGGGCACAGAAAGCGCAGCUAAUUCGAACUCGACUGUUCCAUAACACAGUUGACGGCAUGGCUUGUUUCGACGGAUGCCACUGCAUAAGCGAAAGGAGGCAAAGCAGCAUCCUGUAUAGUAUUCUGAAGAACGACAUCCAGUCCGCCCAGAACUCGCAGCAAAGGAUCCAGAGAGUCGCUGUGUCGGUACAAGCUUGUACAUGUGGAUCUAAGAAAAAGGUUGCGCUUCGGUCGCCACAAACCACCUGCAAAGCCGCAUCUGCGGUGCUUGUAAAGACUCUCAAGUUUGUCAAGAAUGUGCCCUGCUUUCGGGAGCUCCCUGUGGAGGACCAGCACGUUCUAGUGAGAAGCAGCUGGGCUCCUCUACUGGUCCUCGGUAUGGCGCAGGACAGGAUUUCUUUCGAGACCACCGAAACGCCCGAACUCAGCAUGUUGCAGAGGAUUUUAACUAGCGGCCCGGACAAAACGGAUAACCCGUCAGAGUGUAGUGCGCCAGGCGUGUCUAUCGUUGAUGUGCAGGGUAUCAAAUUGUUCCUCAGUAAAUGCUGGAGUCUCGAUAUAAGCACAAAGGAGUAUGCCUAUUUGAAAGGAGCCAUCCUCUUCAAUCCAGAUGUUGAGGGGCUGCAGUGUCAACAUUACAUCCAGGGGCUGCAGAGCGAAGCGCACCAAGCAUUAAAUGAAUAUGUCAAAAUGAUUCACCGAGGGGACUCCACGAGGUUUGCCAAACUCUUCAUCGCGCUCUCCAUGCUCCGGUCCAUCAACGCAAACGUCGUCGCAGGGCUCUUCUUUAAACCGGUCAUAGGAGCGGUCAACAUGGAAGAACUUCUACUGGAAAUGUUCUAUGGAAAACAACCCGAGAAGGACGACUAGGAGAAGGACGAGCUUCACUGGACUGAGUCUGACUGAACUCAUAAUGAGUAGCCAAGUGACAGAAAUACGCGCCAAAUAACUUAUUGCCUUUUACAUAUAGCCUACUAUUUUUGUAUAAUAAAACAUAUUUGCUGAAUUGGUGUUCUCGGGUUUUCCAAUUAUGAAUGUAUUGCUGAAUCCAAAGGGUCUAUGUGAACCAUUAGUUUAUAUGUGCUACGUAGUUUACUGUGGUAUAGGCCUACUACUUUUAUGAUGAACUUCAGAUGAACACUUCAGGACAUCACAUUUAUUGGAAUAUGUUGGUUGGACUCAAGAUUUACACGUCUUAGACUUAAUCAUAUCAAAGACUUUAAAUUUGGUCCUUGUAUAUAAUAGCCUACUACACCGUUCAUCGGUUCGAAUUCUAUGAUUAAUAGGAUAUUCAGAUAAGCUUUUGGAAGCAUCUGUGUAGAGAAAAUACUUUCUGAAAUGAUACAACAUGUGUGACUGCAUAUCACAGAAUAUGUUGAAUCAAUGACCGAAAUGUCGGACUGGUACGUAUAUAG